AUGAACUUUGGGAAGAAAACUCAGUACAACAUCAAGGUGGAUAUACAUGAGGUGAAAGAUUUGAGCUUCCGAGAAAGUGCGAAUGAAAAGGAAAUAAUUCCAAACCCGUAUGUACAAGUAACAGUGAAUAAUGAGAAAAAAUGCACAGCGAAAAAAAAUCAAGCAGUGAAUGUGGUGUAUAACACAUCCUUUAACUUCUCAAUGGAUUUAACAGAUUAUCAUUUUGAAAGAACAAGUGUUGAUGUGUGUGUUUUGCACAAAUAUACAAUUCAAAGUGCAUUAAUAGGAAAAUGUUCAUUCGGGUUAAAUUAUGUAUACUCCAAAGUACAGCAUUGGUUAUAUAGAAUAUGGGUGAAGUUAAGAAAUCCAGAUUUGCCACUUGACGAAGUUGGUUUUUUGUUAAUAUCAGUAGGGGUGUACGGCCCAGGGGAUUCCAUACCAAUUGUCAAUGAUAGUGUAAAGACAAAUAUAAACGAUGCAACUGUUACAAAUGCAGAAGCAGCUCGUAGUGGAGACAGUGAUAAUGAUGAUAGUAGGGGUCAACUCUGUGAAAAUAAAGGAUUGGACAUACACAUCACUCACUAUGAUUUAUGCGUAAAUAUUUUCAGAGGUCAAGACAUGGAAUUUAUCGGUAGUAGUACUUUAUUCUCAAACAGCUUAGAACCAUAUGUAAAAGUAUCUCAUAAUGGGUUCGAAGAGAGCACAAAGGUUAUUAGAAAUGAUCCUAAUCCUGUAUGGAAUCUAAGUGUACACAUACCUACAUGUACUCCUUGUUAUGAUAAAAAUAUAAUUAUUGAAUUAAUAAAUGGAGAACAUAACGGAGUAGUUAUGUAUAGUAUUCUUUUAGAUUUAUUUGAGAUAUUGAAGCGUGAAUUAGAUGCUAGAUGGUAUAAUAUAUAUUAUAACCCCCAAAAUCAGAUUGCCCCGAGAAGUAGUAUGUAUAACCAAAAUGUAAAUAAUAAUGCACCUUGUGCAAAUACAAAUAGUAAUACUACUCCCAAUUCUGCUAAUGCAUUGGGAAAUUAUUUAUUCUCAGCUACAGCUGAAAAGUUAUUCAAAAAUGCAACUCAAGGGAUCAACAUUAAUGAAAUUUUGGGAGUAACCAAAGUUCAAAAUAUGUUUUCAUAUGAUGAAAAUUUAAAAGAAUUCUAUCUAUAUGGGGGUAGAAUUUUUCUCAGUGUAAGUGCAACCAAAACACAUGCACCGGGUCCUAUAUACAUCAAAUCAGCAAAAGUUGAGCCAGAUCCACCUAAUAAAGAAUUUAUUUUUUGUGCAGAUAUUUAUGAAAUAUUAUCAGUUCGUAGUAAUACAAAUAAAGGAAUGAACUAUGCUUCUAUGAAUGAUAGGAUUAAUUAUAACAAAGCAUAUGAUUCAAAUGGUGAUAACAUCAUAUGUGUAUGUGGUUUGGGACCACAUAAAUUGAGAACUACUCCGUUGAUAGCAAAUGAGGUAGGAUCAUAUGUACUAAAUGAAAGUGUAGGUAGAAUUGAUGAAUUUCGUAUCUUUCUUCCACAAAAUAAUAUUGAUCAGAUAUAUGAUAUCUUUUUAUACAUUUAUGUAAAAUCCAACAUGGCUGUUACAGAUUGGAUUACAAAUAGGAGUGUGUAUAACACAGGAGUUCUUCAUAAUAACCAUGAUUAUUACGAUUCUGGAGAUGCGAAUAAGUUUAUGAAACUUAAUCAAAUGGGUUCUAUAAAUAAGCAUUCAGAAAAUCUUUUUAAUGAUUCCGAUGUAAUGAGUAAUUAUAAAUUAAAAAGUUAUGUAAGAAUUCCUUUCAAAUAUUUACUACUAAAUGAGAAUAAACCAAAAUGGUUCAUUAUGAAGGAUGUAGAAACAAAUGGACAUGAUUAUAGCAUUUCCUUUUUUGCUAAUUUGAUUCCUUUUCAUUUGUUUAAGAAACGACCACCGAGAUUAGAAUAUAAAUUAUCUCGGUACUUUUUUCGUGCACUAAUCUAUGAAGGAUUACAUUUUCCUGCAAAAGGAUAUAAUUCUUUUCCAGAUCCUUAUAUAAAAAUUGAACUAGCUGGACAGACCAUAAAAACUAGUACUAUUUUACAUACCUUGAACCCAAAUUAUUAUGAAGCAUAUGAAGUAGAAGUGAUUCUACCAACCAAUUUAAAUCUUGCACCUGAUAUAUCGAUAGAAGCAUUAUCUGUUAAUAAAACAUUCCUUUACAAUGACGAUGACAUCCUACUAGGUUCAUGUACUUAUCCAAUAAUAAAGGUCCCCAUAGAAUGGAAACGCUCACCUGUUUGGAUAAAUUUAAAAUCGUCACAAUAUAAAAAAUGUAAAGCAAAAUUAUUAGUUGGAUUUGAAUUAGUUCCUUUAGAAAAAGUUCUUGAUGAUAGUUAUCCAUUUUAUGAUGACAUUAGACCUUCUACCUUACCUGGUCAUGUAUCUUUAUUUCUUGUUGGUAUACGUAUGUUUAAACCUUUGAAAGAUCCAUCAGUAACUGUUUGUUUUGGACGAGAUAUUGAUGAUACAUCUCAAUUCCUGUGGCAUGAAACCACAAACAAAGUUAUUUCAGGGAAAGAAGGAAAUUGGAAUUUCUUAAAAUAUUUUUCUCUCGAUGUUGCUUUACCAAAACGAAUGCAACAUCAUAGUUUUUUAGAAGUUCGAAUUGAAGAUAGAGAUUUGAAUACUGGAUUUACUACGACAGGUGCAAAUACUACCCAGUCAGCCAAAGCUACGAAUAAUAACAAUUUAAUCGGUACUGCAUAUAUCACUUUGAACCCGUUACUUCCUUGGCUAGAUAAAUAUGAAAAAAAUGAAUGUGCUGAAUUGUUUAAGUUACAUCUGCUCGAGGAAGUUCUAAUGGAAGAUGCAGAAACUGCAAGGAAGACAUACAACGGGGCUCUUAUUUAUAAAAAAAGUUCUAUGAUUUCGAGAAAAAUUACCGAUGGAUUUUUUGAUGGUGCAGGUGCUGAUACAGACAAUGAUGAGGACUAUGGAGAGAGGCAUGCAGGUGGGUUCCAUGCCAUGUCUUUGGUUGCACUUGAGGAAAGAGCAGAAGAAGAGGAAGCAGCUACAGAUGUGGAUGCCCGUCCUGUUGCAGGGGUAGAGGCAGGAGUAGAGACAGAUGUGGAUGAAGAAGCUGGUAUAGAACCCAACGCUGACACAGCGCCAGAUGCAGUGAUUGAGUUGGGAGAAGUGCCAGACCUGGAGGAAACACGAGGAGAUGAAGAGGAUGAAGAAGAUGGAGAAGAUGAAGCAGAUGGAGAAGAUGCAGAAGAUGAUAAGCUGCUCCACCCGCACAACAACCACGUCGAAGGAGAUGAAGUCCAUUCGUCCAGAGUACUCAGGGAAGAUGCAUCUACCAAAUGGAGAGGCAAAGAUGGAAAAGGUAAAAAGUGGAAAGGUAGAAAGGGAAAAAAUUCAGGGAGCAGGGAACGAUGCACGAAAUUGAGGGUCGUCGAGAAAGGAAUAAAACAGAUGCAGGAAAUGAGUAAAAAGAAAAAAAAAAACUUGAAGAAAUAUGUUAAUAAAGAAUACGUGCCAUAUAACGAUCCCGACUUUGCAAAUGUUCGAAUCGAAGAGGCACUUGAACAUGUGUGUUUCAAAGCUAGCGAAUAUGGAAAUGAUUCUGUUGUAAAUGUAGAAGAGAAAGAAAUGGAGGAUAAUGAGAGUAAUGCAAGUGAAAAACGAUUAAAAUUGAGAGACAUGAAUUUUUUUAAAGGAAAACAUGAUGAUAAUAGGGAAAAAAAUAUACUAAUGAAUAAGAAAAAGGAUAAAAAAACUAUUUACGGGUUCAAUGAAGAGAUGUUAAAUUUUCAACUAUCGCUAGCUGGAGAUGAUGAGCAAGAAGAAAUACAAAGAGAUGAGAUGUUAUACGAAUAUGAAGUAGAUAUGAAUGUAGAUGAUUUACCAUACCUAAGAGCAACUAUAUUUAGAUGCACAGAUUCAGGAGUACCAGAAGCUGUAGGUUAUUUAAAAUAUAUAUGCAAUGUUUAUGAUGAGAAAACUAUACAUUUAAAAAAGGAGAUGCUAAAAAAAUGUGAUAAUUUAGUAAAUGAAUAUAAAUUGACUAGAAAUUUGGUUGUAAGAGCAUAUAUAAUUCAAGCAAGAGGAUUGAACCCACCCUCUGGUGCAACAGAUAUAACUACUUAUGUAUGGAUCAAAAACAGUAAUGAAAUUACCAACAUCCCUGGAGGAUUAUCUCAUAAUAUUAAAGACACAGGUCAUACUAAGAAGCAGGGAUAUAAACCUGAAUUUAAUAGAUGUUAUCAGUUGUUGUGUUCUUUUCCUGAUGAAUCUAUUAUUCAAAUAUGUAUAAUGAAUCAAGGUUCCUUGUCAGAUGAAAUAAUUGGAUACACAUACAUCGAUAUGGAAGACAGAUAUUUUAAUCCACGAAUUAGACAACUCAUGAUAGAUGAUAGUAUGCCAAUUGAAUUACGAUCACUCAAAUUAGAAAAUAGUACCAUUUCUCAUGGAUCUUUAAGAUGUUGGUUUGAAAUAUACCCAGAAGAAUAUGCACAAUUAAAUCCUGUUAAAAUUCUGUGCUCUAAUGAACCUGAUGAUUAUCAACUGAGACUUGUAAUAUGGAAAGUUAGCAAUGCAGCUAUGGAUGAUAAUCCUACCAUUAGUCUCUUUGUCAGAUGUAUAUACACAGAUGAAGAUUCUGAAGACAAGCGAGACACAGACACCCAUUACAAUAGCAAGGAUGGCAAGGGCAUGUUCAAUUGGCGUUUUGUUUUCAACAUUAAAAUUCCAACCAACUCAACCAGUAUCAAAGUGCAGGUGCACAACUACGCUCUGCUUUCUUCAAACGAACCCAUUGGAGAAGCCACACUCGAAAUGUCUGCUCACUUUUACCGGGCUCGCAAGAAGAAGGGUCUAUACCACAUUCCGCGGUUCUGGCUUCAGUGCAAACACCCAGCCCACAAAAAUAAGGUCCGUGGGAGUGUCGAAAUCGAGGCGAGCAUAUUGCCCAAAUCAGAAGCAGAGAUAGAACCCGUAGGAAACGGAAGAGACGAACCCAAUAGAGAUCCGUUUCUGCCACCCGUAACUGAAAACAGGACAUACGUAGAUUGGGUGACCAUUAACGAGAAAUUUGGAGCCGCAACCGCAUCUAUUAUGCAAGGUUUGAAGUGGACAGGCGUAUGGAUUGUUGUUGCUGUCAUAGUCGUGGGUGUAUUUUUCCUUCUGUUUCUCUUGAAAUGA